GCUACUCCGGAGGAGUCUGAGGCUGUUACAUCGGUCUUUUGGGACAUCAAUUUGUUUCAGGUUCCCCCUGGCUUUGAUGCUCGUCUGGUCCGUUCGUGCAUCAAUCGGUUGUUGGAAUCUCAUGGCUAAUAUUUUGGGCAUAUGUGAUCCGAGAGGCUGCCCUCUACCUUUGAGUGGAUACAACAUUUUCCGGCCGUUUUCCUACUCUUCCCCUAAACAAGACUCCGUCCUCUGGGGAAGCUCUCUUCUAACAGGGGCUCUUGAAGAGGAUACGUGUAGUAAAACGGGUGAAUCUGCCAGCUGGUGUUGCUUAAUAUGCAAUCAUAUUGGUGGCCAAGGCUUUGAAGUUUCACCAAGCAUCUCUCUAGUCCAAACCAUUCACAAAACCUUUCACAUGAGGGAAGCUCUUCUAAGAAACGGAGGACGUGAACAAGAAGAAGAAAUGUGUUUGCGUCGUCUUCGAUUAGUGUGGGGAAAAACUUGAGGAUAUUGUCUGCCUAAAUAUAUUCAUUUCCUGGCGUCUGGAUUUGAAACUUCAAGAAGAGCGUUUGGUGCAAUACUUGGAAGCUUGCAGCCUGAUGAAGAGUUGUGCAGAGAUCUUGCCUUGUCUCCUAAGACUCCUUCC